UGAUAUUUGACACCCUCCCACCCCUCCAAGUAUUUUCUGCUUAAAUUUGAGCUUCCCGUGACAGUUUUGGUGCACAAUCCGGCGCCACAUGCAGUGUGCAGACAGCAGGGAGGAGUCUUCAGAGGACGGAAAACACUUUCUGCACAUGAAAACCAGCACAUAGCAGCUGAACAGAUCAUUAAAAAUGGGGAACAAAGUACCAAAGGAGGCUAAAAUGGGCAACAGCCUGAAAUGUUGCAAGUGUGAUAAAGUCCUGCCGCCGUGUACGAGCUUCAACAAUUUAACACAAAGUUCCGUUCAGGGGCGGUACGUGCACGUGUUCAAUGGAGGUGAAUACUACCGACCAGUUGGCAACAACAACUGGUACGAGUGCAAUUAUUGCUUCCAUAAGCCGAUGAGAGAUCGAGAGGAGAGGAGGAGAGAAGAGGAGAGGAGGCGAGAAGAGGAGCGACGGAGGAGAAUGGAGGAGAAAAGAGAAGAAGAACGACAAGAACGACUAAAUCAAAGGCUACAAGAGUCACAAAAGCAAGCCCAACAGCAGCAUGAGAAACAAAAAAGCAUUUCCGAAGAAUACCGGCCCAAGCGAGACGUCCUCAUCAGGCACCUGGAUGAGUUUGAGGCCGACGAUGAAUCACGCAGCGACGACUUUAUAGAAAUCCUCUCGCUGAAAUUAGGCAUCCCGGUUUCAAAUGUCAAUCUCUCUGAGCUGACUUCUGAUGAGCUGAGAAAGAUCCUGCCAGUGCUGGACGAGCUUCUGUUCGAUGAAUGGCUCAGCGCUCCUCCAUCCGUCAGCACUCUGCAGCACAGCCAGGUGUUCAUCACGGAGCUGUGUGCUCUGUCUCUGCACAUGUCUGACGGAGUUUCCCUGCAAAGCAUCUCCGAUCAGGUGCAGACCCUGGUGGGGUCCAUCAGCCAGUCAGCUCAUGGUGUUUCUGAGAAUUUCCUGUUGACUCAAGCCCUGUAUCUGACCCUCAUUCACUUUCUCACUGACAGCAGCAGCCCUGACACUGAUGCGGCCCUCGUAGCCAAACAAUGGGCUGAAGAUGAGCUUUCCACCGAGCAGCUCUUUCCUAUAGAGUUCCUGAGCGCUCUUGCAUCGUCACUGCAGACUACAGUCGAAGGAACCUCUGUGUUCAUUUUAAAGAUGGAGAUCCAGUGCUUGAGACUUCUCUUAUCCACACUCACACCUCUGAAUGGUGAGGAAACCCACUCAGAACCCACUGAGAUGCUCCUCAGACUUGUGCAAACAAACCAGUGGACCCCAGCAGAGGCAGUGACUCUGCUCAAAGCGCUGUCACAGAAAUAUUCAGAAGAUGCUUCCAUAAUCGAAGUCCUUACGUUGAUGCAAGUGUACGACAUCUCACCAGAAUGGAUGGAUGAGUCCGGACGCUCUCUCAUACAAACUCUUGACGAUGUUGGCCCUGAGAAAUUCCAGCAGGAUUUCCAAAAGACUCUCAGAAGACAAGAUGAGAGCACUCUGGUUGAAGCUCUAGCAGAAUUAAAAACAUUAAGGGACUUGGAUGAUUCUGAGAUUGAUAUGAUAAAAAACAUUACCACUGGCGUCCUUCGAUACUCAGAAAAUGCACCAAGAGAUGCAGCCUUUCAGAGAGAUUCCUUUAAAUGUGGAAGCUUAAAUGCAGACGACAUACAGGAGUCUCUGUCUCAGCUCUGCAGAGCAGUUUUUGACACAAAAGGCUGGUGGCCCACAGUGAAGCAGAUGCUGCGCUGGUGUGCCUUGAUGCUGACUGAGAAGAGUCCAGUGCUACAGCUGGUCGGUCUGGAAGAAGACGAAUGUGUCACAGCCAUGUUUGCAGCUGCACGGGUCUGCACAGGAAGCAAAGUGGACAUUGUGUUGAGCUCUGAUGGUCACUCUCAGGAGCGAACUAAGAACUGGUUUGAUUUCUAUGAGCACCUUAAAAUUUCUGUCAACACAAACAUGGAGAAAACAAAUGCAUCCUACAGCGAUGUCUACGAAGCAGACAUUGUGCACGGGACCAUAGAUGACUUUGUGUCUGAUUACUUUAAAGGCAGCAUAGAAGCGAUGGAAGCAGACAGCCCUCAGUUCAGUCGUGGAUUCCUCAUUGAACAACAAAGUCCCAGUGCAUUCAGGAAUCUGGAACUUUCCACACUCAAGGAGAAUGAUUCGCUUGUGUUUGCUGCGGAGGUCCUGCAAAACCUCAUGGGUAAAUUUCAAAGUGAAGAUAUGGAAGUGAGACACAAGUUUGUUAAGGCUCUUUUCCAGGUGCUUCACACCAACCUGAACAAAGACCCCAACCCUGACAACAAACUCAUCACCAUCUUAGAAAAGAUUGCUGGAAAGAGUUUGUCUUCUCAUGAGGCCUUCAUUCUGACUUUUCUUGAGAGUGUCCUGAGGGCAAUGACUAGAGAAACAGGUGAAAACAUGACAUCUCCUGCAGGGAAAUGUUUGGAGAUUAUAUUUGCCUGUGUAGAGCGAUUCCAAGCCUCAAAAGAACAAACCGCAGAAAUCUUCCAGAUGGUUUCAAAUCUUGGAGCAAAAACCCUUUGGUCACCAGCGGAAACCUUGGACCUCCUCGGAGCACUAACUGACCGCCAUCACGAUGAAGACUGUGUUUCUAUCAUGAGAAUUUUACAUCUGAUGGCCACAUAUCAGGUUUCCAGCAAGUGGACAGAUGAGAACAACCAGUCUCUCCUUAUGCUCCUAGGUUCUUAUGAAGCUGAGAAUCUAUUCCAGCAUUUAGAAACCAGCCUCAGAGAGGAGAACAUAAAAAGCAUUGACACACUUUUUGAGGAAAUACGGCAGAUGAAAGACAUUGAUGAGCAAACACUGAGUAAAUCAUACAGUGUGGUAAGACAUGUAGCAAACCUAAUUGAAAGCGGUGAAAUUAAAAAGCACACAGAUGCACAGCGAGCGAGGAAUCUCAGUCACAGUCUGGAUACUGAGGACCUUCAGGAGUUGCUGGCUGUCUUAUGCAACGCUGUUCACUUGUACAUUGCUAAAGAGAAAUGGUUUCCUCGAGCCACUCAGAUGAUAAGCUGGUGCCUCUUGGCCUUGUCGGACACUGGGAAGCUCCUGGAGAUGGGCACUGGAGAAGGGAAGUCUUGUGUCAUCGCAAUGUUUGCAGUCUUGCGUGCGCUCAGGGGUGAAAAAGUAGAUGUGGUGUCCAGCUCUUCUGUGCUGUGUCAGAGAGAUGCAGAGGAAUGGGCCGAAUUCUACAAGUACUUUGGCAUUACAGUUGACACAAACACAAACAAAACAGAGGAUAAAGAUCGGAAAGAAUGCUACCAGAAGGACAUAGUCUACGGGACUAUCGAAACCUUUGCUGCAGAUCACCUUCGCCAGAUUUUUGAGAUGAAGGAUGUGAGGCCUGAUCGCGGCUUUCAGUGCAUCAUAAUCGAUGAAGUCGACUCACUGCUGCUGGAUCAGGGUGUGCAGCUAACCUACCUGUCCAGCGCCAUGGUCUCCAUGCAGCAUCUGAACAUUAUUCUGGCCAUGAUCUGGAGCCACGUCAACCAGUAUGGCUUCCUGUCUGCUGGACAGCAGAUGUUUGUACAGGCUCCUCCUGCCUCAUUCUUCAAGGCCAUCUUUGACUCAAUAGACACAGAAGAAGGUGAAAUCAGUGACCCAAUGGACAUUUUACGUAUCGCUGAAGAAACCAACACUGUGCCAACAGGAUUCACAGAGGAUUUCUACAAAAGUGAGAAGGAUGAACUUCUUCAAAAGCUGAAAACUGUCAGUCAGGAUGCAAUGGUGAAUUUUUUCCAAGAAAUGGAGGACUAUGUCCCCUAUGGCUUUAGCGUUUACACUUUGGACGAUGAGGGACUGCUCUGUCUUCGAAAGCGCAGUCCGUACAACAACCGGGACAUUCCAGAGCUUAAAUUUCUUGUCUUGGAGGAAGGCUUGUGUUGUGUUCUCUAUGAUUCAGAGGAAAUUCUCAUCAAGCCUAUCGUGGAGCUAAUCUCGGAGAAGAUUCAGUACACUCCAUGUGCAAACAAUAAGGACAAAAUCAGCAUCCCUGGAUUCUUGAGUCACCUCAUAGAGAGGAAAAUGUCAGUGUGGGUUCAGAAUGCCUUUCUGGCAAAGCAACUGAGGCAAGGACGAGAAUAUGUCGUAGAAAACGACAACGUCUGUCCCGUGGACUUCAAAUCCACCGGUAUUGUGGAAAUGAAUAAGAAAUGGGGUGAUGGUUUGCAGCAGUUUGUUGAGAUUAAACACCAAAUCAAACUGAGCACAAUUUCAACAGUGACGAACUACAUUUCUAACACAUCCCUCUUUGAAAAGUACAAUGGGAAAAUAUAUGGUACAACCGGGACACUUGGGAGCCAAAUAGACAUGAUGUUUUUGCAGGACUUAUAUCCAAGUCUAUCUGCCUGCAAAAUGCCAACAUUCAACAGGAGGAAGUUAUUCGAAGUCAAAGGUUCUGUGAAAACCUCAGCUGAAGAGUGGAAAUCUGAAAUAAAACGAACGGUUAUGUGUCAGAUUUCCCCAAAUUCAUACAGAGGUGGAAGAGCAGCCCUGGUGAUCUGUGAAACUAUCAACAAAGCCAAAGAGAUCCAUGAAGAGCUGAAGAGCAGCAUCCCAGGUGAGAUCAUACUCUACUGCCGAAGUGACAAAGACAGUUUAAGCAAAAUAGACAAGGAACUGCUUCCUGGUGAUGUCAUUGUUGCUACAAACCUUGCCGGGCGUGGCACCAACAUUAAAGUGUCCAAAGAGGUAAACAACAAUGGAGGAUUAUUUGUGGUUCUGUCCUACCUCUCUGAGAACACAAGAGUUGAACUCCAGGCUUUUGGUCGAACUGCACGUAAAGGUAGACCUGGAUCUGCUCAGAUCAUCAUGUCAGUCACUGAAUCCCUGCAGCACUCCUUCUCGACAGUGUCGUCUCUGGAGGAAGCUAAGAACACCAGGGAUAGACUUGCAGCAGUGAAAUUAGAACAAACGAUGGAGGACGUUGCUGAGAUGAAACUACGGGAGGACCUGUUUUCAGAGUACUGUGAAACUCUUCAAGAUAUUUACAAGAACACAGAUGAAGAUGAGAGAAGAGCUGUUGUUGCUAUCUUGAAUGAGUUCUGGGGAAUAUGGUUGCAAACGAAAUCGGAAGACAUUGAACAGUUGAAGAGAGAUGAAUUACAAAGAGACUUGGAAACAGAUUUGUCACUGGCAAAAAAGCAAUCUGAAAGUGAGACUUCACCAUGUUCCAGCAUUUAUCACUACAUCAAGUUUGGAAAUGUCGCAAUGAAUGACAAAGAAUGGAACGUCAGCGCUAAGCUCUUUGAAAAGGCCAUGAAACAGGAUCCAAGUUGGGCAGCCAUUGCUUUUUACAGUCAUUCGUACUGCACCAUAAAGCAGAAGAGUGCAGAUUACCUCAGCAAGGCCAAAGAUGAUCUGAUAAAGGCACAGGAUUCUCUGAAGUAUCUCAGUGAGGAGUCCAUGGUCUGUCUGCAGUUUGUAAAAAUAUCCUCUGCAAACUCAAACAUCAAUAACCCAACCAGCCUUGAGAAACAACUCACAACCAAAUGCAGCAUGUUAAGCUACUUUGACAAAAACAUUAGCGAGGCCAUCCAAAAACUGGAUGAAAUAAAGAAUAAAGGAAGGGAUGCACUGGUCAAAAAGUCACCAGUUUUCUUGCUGGUGUCGAGUGCGGACGAAGCUCUCCAAGAGGAAGCCUACAACCUCUACAGUCGAGGUCUGAAAUAUGUAUUUUCUGUAGAAGAGGAGCCUCGUUUUCCAUGGGAAGCUUUGCUGGUGUUCUGUCUUGGAGUUUUACAGAUUGUUGGAGGAGCACUGCUCACUGCGUUUACAUGCGGGACUUUAGCUCAAGUCGGCAUGGGUCUCAUCGUUGAGGGAAUAUCAGACUGCAUCACUGGCAUAGAGUCCAUGGUGACUGGAAAAUUCAGCUGGAAGUCAUGGGCUAUAGAAAAAGCUAUUUCUAUUGGUGUGUCUCUCAUCGGGUUUGGAGUUGGAAAGCUGCUUGCCAAGGGUGUCAAAGGUUCCAAAAUGUUAAUUAAAGGAUUGGGCAAAAAUCUGAAGUCAAUGCCAAAGUUUCUCUCCAAACAGGCUAAAGAUGGUUUGAGUGUUGUCACAAAGGCAAAUAUGAAGAAUACAGUAAAACACACUGCGAAAAAAAAUGGCAGAAGAAAUCAUUAAUUAUGG